AUGGCUAACGGCAUCCUUCUCAAUGAACAGAAAGUCACACCCAUCACCCCGAAACCACGCAUCAGCCGCACAAAAGGCCACCUGAGUAAGCGCACAGCUUUCGUCCGCGAAAUUGUCAAGGAAGUCGCUGGUCUCGCACCGUACGAACGUCGUGUUAUCGAAUUGUUGCGCAACAGUAAGGAUAAGCGUGCUAGAAAGUUGGCAAAGAAGAGGCUCGGUACAUUCGGUCGUGCGAAGAGAAAGGUCGACGAACUGCAACGCGUCAUUGCCGAAGCCAGAAGAACCGGUGGCCACUAA